AACCGGAAACGGCUGCAGCGGGUGGUUCUGCGUCUAGUGACCCAAGAUGGUGGCCUGCGAAGGCCAAUUUUAGUAUCGGCCCCCGUGCUUUUAGCUUAGAAAUACAUUUACAAAGCUGUGAUUGUGAAAAUACAUAAAACACCUGACAAGAUCAAAGCUGCAGGAGGAUGGACAGUGAGGUACAGCGAGAUGGAAGGAUCUUGGAUCUUAUUGACGACGCUUGGCGGGAGGACAAGCUGCCAUAUGAGGAUGUAGCGAUUCCACUGAGUGAGCUUCCUGAGCCUGAGCAAGACAACGGCGGCACCACAGAGUCUGUGAAAGAACAGGAGAUGAAGUGGACAGACCUGGCCUUGCAGGGCCUCCACGAGAACGUCCCACCCACUGGAAACUGAUGCUGGGCUCCUUCCCACAGAUGGGGUUUUCAAAAAUACACGGAUAAAAAUGUUUUCUCUGUCUCCAAACUCAGAUCUUUAGUAAUAAAUCAACACUCAAAAAAACAUACCACCCACUUGGUUUUUUACCAACAACAGCGUGAAAAUAUUCUGAAUGAGAAACUGAGACUUCUCAGGAAUGCAGACUAUGUGGCUCUUGAGGCCUAUGACUAGCCAGUCAUUCAGGCACUUGUGUUUGAACAUAGUUGAUUAAACGUUUGCCUUCAGCUCCA